GUCGCAGCCGCUGCUGUGGCUCAGAGCUGCAUGGGGAGACGCUGCUGCAGGUCCGGUUUCUUGGUGUCUGGUCGGUGCCAUCAUUCCCCACCCCUCCCCCGCCCUCCCCAAGCCGGUGGCUCCCCCUCCCCCUCCCCCUCCGCACCGAGGGGGCAGGGGGCUGGGCAGGAACUCUCUAUAAUGCCCCGUGCAGCCCCCGGGCCAGGCGGCGGGGACCGUGGCGGCAGAGGGAGGCAGGAGAGCGGGGCUGACCGCUGACCCCUUGCCCGGCCGCUCCUCCCGGCUCCCUCCCUCCCUCCUGCCUCCCUCCCCCCCCCCCCCCCCAGGGCUGGCACCACAGUCCCACCCCGCCUUCUCGGGUCCUCCCAGCCUCGGCACGUCAGCCCCCCCCCACCUGCCUCCUCUCUCCCUCCCCUCCCCCACCGCAUCUUCCUCCCCCUCCGGUCCCCUCUCCCCGGCUGUCCUCUUACCCAGUCCUUUCCUCCGGCCUCGCGCCAGCCCUCCGGCCGGCUUCCUCGCGCUCCCCACCCCGGACCCUCCCUCCACCCAGUCUCGCCCCGUUUCCCCCAGUCUCAUUGACCCCCUUUCUCCCUUCCUCGGUCCGACUCGCGGCCCCAUCCUGUCCCCAUCCUGUCCCCGCCCUGUCCCCUUUGUGCCCCUUUUUCCUUUUUCUUCCUCCCUCCCUUCCUCACCUCUAACUCCCUUCAGCGUGGCCUCCCUGUCCCCUCGCGGCCACCAGCCUCCCUGCCCGUGGCCUGAGCCACCAUGCUGACCCCAAUGGUGGCUGGGGGGGUGGUAUUCCCCGGACUCUUCCUCCUCUCCAAGAACACGCUCCAGCGGCUGCCCCAGCUGCGCUGGGAGGAGGCUGACGCGGUCAUUGUCUCGGCCAGGCUAGUGUCCUCUGUCCAAGCGGUCAUGGCCUCCACCGCUGGCUACAUCGUCUCCACCUCCUGCAAGCAUGUCAUUGAUGACCAACACUGGCUUUCCUCUGCCUACACGCAAUUCGCCGUGCCCUAUUUCAUCUAUGACAUCUAUGCCAUGUUCCUCUGUCACUGGCACAAGCACCAGGUCAAGGGGCACGGAGGGGAUGAAGGGGGGCCCAGAGCCCCGGGCAGUACCUGGGCCGUGGCGCGCGGCUACCUGCACAAGGAGUUCCUCAUGGUUCUCCACCACGCCGUCAUGGUGCUUGUGUGCUUCCCGCUGUCGGUGGUGUGGCGUCAGGGCAAGGGAGAUUUCUUUCUAGGCUGCUUGCUGAUGGCCGAGGUCAGCACCCCCUUCGUCUGCCUUGGCAAGAUCCUCAUCCAGUACAAGCAGCAGCACACUCUGCUGCACAAGGUGAACGGGGCCCUGAUGCUGAUCAGCUUCCUGUGCUGCCGGGUGCUGCUCUUCCCCUACCUGUACUGGGCCUACGGGCGGCACGCCGGCCUGCCGCUGCUCGCCGUGCCCCUCGCCAUCCCGGCCCACAUCAACCUGGGCGCCGCGCUGCUCCUGGCCCCCCAGCUCUACUGGUUCUUCCUCAUCUGCCGCGGGGCCUGCCGCCUCUUCCGGCCCCGGGGCUCCCGGCCGCCCUCUCCCUGUCAGACCCAGGAGUGAGGGGGGGGGGCGCCCGGGGGUGGGGCGCUCCCCUGCCCCAUCCCACCCCCCCACCUUGGGGCCGGGGCUUUGGGGCUGCCGGGCAGAGGGUGGGAGCCAGGAGCCUCUUGCCCUGACAGCCUCGGGACUGACAGGUGGACAGCAAAGGGGUAGGACCUCUCCCCCAGGGGCCGAGGGGCGGGGGCCAGUGACAGGCCGGGAGCGGAGCCUCAUCUCCCAGCAGUGCCUGAGCCGAAGGUAGCUAACCCUUCCUGCACACCCCUUCUCCCGUCACCAGACCUGGGGCCCUGGGGAAGGAAGGACAGAGGAAGGGGCCAUCACUUCCCGUCCCCUGAGGGCUAGAGGGCCGCGGGGAAACCGACUCAAGGGGACCAGGACUCAGAGAAUGUGGGGGAGGCCCUGCUGCCCAGGGCAUCCCAGCCAGCCCCCCGCCGCAGACUCCUCUCAGUUCCCCACCACCACCCGGGAGGGAGCGACACCCUAACUAACCUCCCCCCACGCAGGCCUUGCUUGGGGCUAGCUGCCUGCACGGCUCCUCUCUCGGGGAGGCCGGCCUGACGAGUCUUACUUUAUUUACUCGCCCAAACCAUACUAGUCUCUGGGGGUGGGGGGGGAGGUGGCUGCUACUCCCCCACCUUCCCAGUGCUGAGCAAUCCCGGGGGCAGGGGAGGGGGCACCCCGUCUCUUCCCCUUUAGGCUGCACAUCUUGCCCUCGGGCCCUGGCAUGUCCCUGGUGCUACAGACCUCUCAAGGCUUCCUCCGGUCUGGGGUCAGGGGACCCUGGGAGGUGCUUUCCAGACCGCUAAUAAAGACGAUCUGAUCUGCGUGAACGCCA